UUCUCUUCACACUCCAUCACAGUAGGUGGCGGUAUGCACCUAUGAAGUUGGUUCGCAACCCGCCAUAAAACCAAAAGAAGAAGAAGAAGGAAGCGCAGCUGCUCUCGAAAGAUCUGUUGUUGCGCUGCUGUUGCUUUACGUUUGUUUUCCAUCAACAAGCAUCGAAAUUAGACAGCUUUCAGUCAGGUUUGAUCCCGCUGAGCUGCUCAGCCAUGUCUUCUCCGGUGGAAAUGACUGAGCUGUAUGAUAACGCGCUGUUAGGGAUCCUGCAGCAUGUUGGAAACAUUCAGAAUUUUCUGCAGGUUUAUUUUGGGUUCCUUUACAGAAAGACGGACUUCUACCGCCUUCUCAGCGGCCCAGAGGACCGCAUGGGCUUCCCGCCCGGAGUAGCUGAAAAAAUGGUGUUCAAGACGUUUAAGUUAUUUGAGAAUCUUGCAGAGCAGGACAGAGAGAGGGCAGCGAGGCUGGCAGAGGAGAAGAAAGCCGCUCCUCCUGCAGUACAGGAGCUGGAGGUUCGAUCAGAACAGGAGGCUGAAGCUCCUGUGGAGGAGAAGAGGAGCACAGAAGAGGCCACGGCUGUCCCGGCACCAUCAGCACAGAGCACAGAGACACACGGAGAGACUCAGAGCAGCACCGCUGAGCCAGCAGGAGCCGCAGCGCCAUCAAACUCUGAUUCUGACACAGCCAACGUUAAACAAGACGGCUUUCAGUUGAAUGCAGACAGUUACAAUGGCGCGGUUAGAGAAAAUUACACCUGGUCGCAGGAUUACACGGAUGUGGAAGUUCGAGUGCAUGUGCAGCCUCACAUCGUUAAAGGCCGACAGGUGUCUGUGGAUCUGCAGUCGGGGAGGGUCCGCGUGGCCUUGAACAAGGGAGGAUCGCAGAGAGUCCUGAUGGAGGGCGAAUUCACACACAAAAUUAACACAGAAAAUUCCUUGUGGAGUCUGGAGCCUGGCCGCUGCGUUCUGAAAGUCCAUGAGAUGCUAAAGAUGGGCUGGAAUGCUGAAGGAUCUCCGUUUAAAGGCCAAGAGUUUGACCCCUCCAUGUUCAACAUCCCACCCAGCGCUGUCCAGCUUUGA